CUUUCUCUUAACCAAAACAGUGAUACGGCUCUUCUCUUGUGACCAGAAGCCAGGCCCUAGAAGAAAGUUGGUAUUGAAGUUUAGCUGCCGUAAGAGCCUCUUUUACAGCAAAAUCACAAUGAAACUCUUCCUGCUUAUCUCUUUGCUACUUGUCGUAUGUCCACACUUGGCAGAAAGUUCAGGAUCUUGGACAUACCGCGACCCGGAGGGGCCUAACACGUGGAAACACCACUUCAAGGAUUGCGGAGGUUAUGAACAGUCUCCGAUAAACAUUGUACCAAAAGAUACUCUUUUCGAACCGGGGCUUGCCGACCUCGUUGUCAACUACGAGAACAAUGUUUCUGCCAAGCUAUUCAAUAAUGGACAUACCGUUCAGGCAACUUUUUUAACCGGUAAGUCCGAUAUUUCCGGUGGAAAUCUGACUUCGCGUUUUCGCGCUCUACAAAUGCAUUUUCACUGGGGCAGCAAGAAUUCGCGCGGUUCGGAGCAUCAGGUCGGUGGAAGAAAAUUUCCCUUGGAAAUACAUAUUGUACACUACAAUGCGGAAAAGUACCUUAGCGCAUCGGAGGCUCUGAAGAAGGGAGAUGGCUUAGCAGUUUUGGGAAUAUUGGUCGAACUUCAGGCUCAAGACAACCCGGUUUUCAGUGCGAUAGUGGAUAACCUUGAGAAAGUUCGUUAUAAAGACAACGAAAUAAUUUUGCCUUAUCUUCAGCCUUUUUCAUUCUUACCACACGACAUGGCUCAAUAUUACACUUAUAGAGGCUCGCUUACAACUCCUGGAUGUUUUGAAAGUGUGCAGUGGUUUGUGUUCAAUCACACUUUUCCUAUAUCACAAGUUCAACUGGAUAAAUUCAGAGAUCUUUUUGACGGUGUAAAACAAAACACAAAGAAAUUGCCCUUGGGCGACAAUUAUAGACCCGUCCAGCCUCUACAUGCGAGAUCUGUCAUCCGAAGCUUCAGUAAGUAUGAUUAAUUAAACUUGUUUUUAUAUUUCAUUCAUUGUUCACAAUGUAAACAAUAUCUUGUGCUCAAUACGAGACAGUUGCAAACAAAGCCAUUACGGUUGCGUUAUUUUGAAUGGCGUUAUCAAUAUAUCUAGAGCGUUUGAAUUUAAAUUUAUCGCAUCCAAAUAUUCCCUUCCACAAAAGUUCUUUUAUUCCUCGUAUUGCAGCGACAAAUUACUCGUUUUAGAUCGCUUUAUGAUUAUGUCAACGAGGUUCCAACUAUAUGCUAAUUAAAAAGCAAUUAGUGUGUAUGGCACCGUUAAAAAAUUGAUAUCUUCAAAUCGGGUUUUAAAAUGUUCUGAUAUCAACAUCACAAAACUUAAACAAAAAACGUUCUUAGGUUUCUUUGUAAUUUCUUUCAAACAUUGCAAGCUCAUCAUUUUCCUAACCACAUUGAUUAGUGCUACUGAAACAAAAUCGAGAUGAUUUUGGAGCCCUACACGAAAUCAUUUGGUUUUUCAGUAUUUGUGUACAGUAUGAAACAAUAAAAUGUCUUGUCAUAGUUCUGAUAUACUAUUGUUGAAAGUACAUUCUGAUCAUAAAUAUUUAUUUAGGGGAAAUUUUUAAGCAACUCAGAUCAAAAUAAAGUAGCAAGAAAUUUAUGAAUGAAAUCCAAAUUUAACAGUAAUAGUGACUGGCAUCUCAUUUCUGCGGAAGCGGAAAAGGGACAAUCCAAAAAUAUUUUGAAAAUUGGAAAAAACACUUAGAAUCAAUAUCUCCUAGACAAAUCACUUUGGAAAAGUUUUUCAAAUUGAGAAAAUAAUUUCAAAUCCUGGUUUAAUUUAUAGAUCCACAAGUGACUCUCAUGAAAAUUGAAAAUAAUUUACAGUCCCAGAAUCUUUCCAAAAUCCAGAAAAUUUUUGCAAAUCGAGAAAAAUAUUUUGUCACGUGACACUUCCCUGCCAGUAGUCAACUCCUUGUCACGAUACAGCACAUAGUGUUUCACCAGGUUGCACUGGGAUGACUUGGAGUCACUAUGCGAAUGGACUAAACUGUACCAAGUGUAUCGAGAUGUUCUGUUACAAAUGUGGAAAAGAAUUUGAGAGAGCAAUGAGCUACUCUGCCAUCCAUGUGGCACUUUAAAGAGACCCAACCAGAAAAAUGUGUUAUACAGUUCGUCAGAUGAGAGAUCUGCCAUAAUAAUUGAACAUUACUUUAAAAGAGGAUUUCGUUAUGAAACUAUUGUUCCGUUUUAAGAAAAAGAAGUGAUGAAGGGCCUUCAAUUUCAUGUCUAAUUAUCUCCUGCAUUGCAUGCUCUAAAUGGACUUCAUUUCUCCUUCCCAACCUAUACUCAUGCAACUUUUUCUCUUAAGAGUCCUCAAGUUCAUCGAAAUAUCAUGGUAUUUUUCUAAAAACUGAACAACACAAGCCUUGAAAAUCUCUUCUGGGUGAUAUUUGGUGUUGAAUAUGAAAUAUAAUCUAAAACUGGAAAUUGUUUUGAAAGAUGACUGAUUUGAAUUUCAGUUUUACCAAGAAUCUUUCCAAAAAAUUAUCAAGUAUACAGCAGUAAUUGUUUAUUUCCUCAAGGUGAUUUUUUUUCUAUUUGUUCCACAGAGCGCCCUCCAUUUCCAUGUGGCAAGACAUCAAAUAACACUUUGGAUUGCUUGGGAUUCGCUGAUGACAAGGCAGUAUUUUAUGAAGCAACAGUCAAUAUGUGCACUCAGCCAGCCACAGUAACCUUAAGAGUUUCUCAACCAGAGACCAAUUUUAAUUAUGUUGGAACUUUUUACAAAAGUGUCAACCCCCCUAUGCAAAUAGGUGUGUAUAACAAUGAAUUGGCCUUCAGUUUUUUUCCUUAACUUUUACUGUUACAAUUAGUCAGUGCUGUGAUAGAUAGCUAAUGCCAGUGCGUGGAUAAAUCGCUAUCCAGCAGAUUGGAGGCGAGUGUGGCCUAGUGGUUACUGGGCGCUGCACUUGUAAGCCGGAGGUCCCGGGUUCAAGUCCUCCUCCCUGCCACUGGAUGGAUUUGUCUUCGGUGGCCCCGAAUUCAACUCCUGCACGCUUUGUAAAUAGCCAGCUGGUCUGCCUCCUACCAGUUGGGGUUUUUAACAAGUUUCUGUUCAUUUACGAUAUUUGUUUCCUUAUUUACAGUGUCCCCAAUUAGCACAGCAGUGCUAAAAUACACUGACACUUAAAUAAAGUUAUUAUUAUUAUUAUUUAUUUAUAAGUGUGAUCAAAAUGUACUGGGCUAUCCACUGGAUAGAGAUUUAUCCAGUGGGUCAUGUUAUUCACCCUUGAAACAACCGGAGCCUGAUCUUUACUGGCAAAUGCCUUUUAAUGGCUGGCUAGUGAGAAAUUUCUGGAGAACACUAUUACAAUAUAUAUAUCUUACAUAACAGAAUGAAGUAGUCCAUUAUAAUAACAUUGUGAAUCAUGAGCAAAUGGUUUCUGAUGCUAAUAGUAAUGUUCAGAUUUUCUGAAUUUGUCAUCACAUUUUGUUUUGUUUUUUGUUGUUGUUGUUUUUCAGGAGAUCUUGAUUAUGCAUUCAGCGUGGAAAUGCAUACUGACCUAAGUCAGAAAAAUGAGGAAACUUUGCGUCUCUCAGUAAGAUUUAAAUUUUUACUCUCUGUUGAAUUUUUGUUCAUUUCUGCUAUAUAAUCGUGAUAAUUACAAGCAGGAGAAACAUAAUAUAAAUCAUUUCAUUGAGAAGAAGUUUUUUCAAUACAUUUAAACACAAUGCACUGUGGUGCAUGGAUUUAUUUGUCUUAAGAUUUAAUAUAAUACUCACAAAGUCUUUUAUAUACUGUCAGUAAUUUUUGGUGGUUUACCCCAUAGGUGGCCCAAGCUUGCACAAUAACCCUCUGUUAAUUUACAAAUGUGCUUGUUAUUGUACAAUGAGCAAAAUAGAAGGAUUUUUAUGGGAAUUAUUGGUCAAACUCUUGAACCUAAAAAUCUAUUAUUGCUGGUUUUAAAUAAAAGCAAACUUACCCUACUUAUUAAUAAGUGGUUCUUCAUUUGUAUUGUCAGUGUAAGUUUUCUAAGCUGAUUUAGGACUGUUCAGCACAGUGGUAGUUCAUCUGCUUUGCCCUCUUUGUAUUGCAUUGAGGGCACAGCAAACAGAUAGAUAGAUACAUUUAGGUACAAACAUAUAAAAUUUAUUAUUUGAAUUUUAUCACGUCUCUGUAUAGAUUAUUCAAGUACAUCCACUGUCGACAAAGUACAGAGAAGAACUGGUAACUGCAAGUUUCAAGGAAGAAAUUUGCCAACUAGGUAGUUAUGUUUUUCUCUCAUUUUGUUGGACAGAUUAUUAUGACAACUGUGUUUGCUUAUUUGCCAACCCUUUAACUCCCAGACUGAAUUGAUUAAAAUAUGACUUCUCCCCAUAAUAUCCAUACAUUAUCUAGCAAGCAGGUAAUAAGAAUACUCAAACUUAUCAGGUGAAAGUUGUUACCCUGAUCUAGCACCAAAUUCUUGCAGCUAUUUUACCAGGAAAUGUGUAGCAGUUAGAGGGGAGAAUUGACAAUCAGAUGAUUGGGAGUUAAAGGGUUAGAUGAAUGAUUAAGAUUGCUUAAGAUCAGGGUUAUAUCAAAAUCUGAGCUAGUGUUUACCAACAGUAUUUAUAAGACAUUCAUAUAUGCCAUGAGAUUUUCUGCCACGACACUAAUGGCAAAUUUUUUUGUUAUCACCAAUUUUGUGUACUGGUGAUAAUCAAUCCAAUUUGUAACUGAUAGAUUGAUUACAGAUUGACAUGAUUGACUUGUAACUUCUCAAUACAAUAUACACUGUAUAGUACAUUUACUAGCCAACAGGUUAUGAGAUUGGACACCUUUUCAGCUAGAGGUUAUUAUCUGAUGUAACAUCAAAUUCUCCAUACUGAUUCUCAGAAAAGAAUGAAGAAGCUAGAAGGGAGAAUUUCAAAUUAAAUCUUGCAUUGUUCUGACCUUUUGCAGGAAGUUGUUCUCUUAUGGAGGAAGAUGGAUCUUCCUGCAACAAGCAUUGGUGUGAGCACAUUCCUAUUGGCAUUGGCAAAGAUACCCAUUUCAUUGGUGUGUCUUCCACCUUCCAUGACAUGUCAACUGACAAUCCUUCAGUUAAUGUUAAUUUUUAUCGCAACGAGUCUGGGAAAUGGCAUCGUACUGCCUCAGAAAAAUUUACCAAUGAUGAUGAAAAGAGGGUUCACUUAUUUGGGACAUUUGUGACCAGUAAGGAGCAUGCAAGGAAGCGGAGAAUGGCUGGAGGAUCUGAGGAGUGGGAGUUUGUAACCUUCAAAGCCAAGAUUGGCAAAAUGGCGGAUAAAGUUUCUUACCAGGUUGGUGUACUUACAUAAUUGUAGGAUUUAUGAAGAAUAUCCAGAAAUUCUAGAUGGAAAAUCGAAUGUUUUGCGUCAGUCCAUUUGGAACAUUUUGUGAAUUGUUGACCAUUGGUGAGCUGGGAUUAUACGCUUUUUAAUUCUGUUCUGUUUGGUUUUUUCCAUGGUUUUGGCUAAGUCAUGACUCUUUACUUCCUUUAAUACUUGUAAAAAACAAAUUUGACUCCUGCUUUGCAGUCGUCCAAUUUCUUCCAGCACUUGACAUACAAAACUGAAUUGGACUCCACUCUUUACAACUACCAAAUUACUUAUUAAUAUGAUUAUUUUUAACUGAUGAUGUUGCUUAUUAAAAUUUUUUCUCUAUCAGCUGUUUAUGGCGCCCUCUGAGAGACUAUAUCACAAAGUUAUAAAGGACGAAUUCUCACUGGACUGUGAAAAGCAUUAUCCAACUCCAAGUGAGUCGUCAUGUCUAUUCAUGUAUUAAUUUAAAAAAAAUUGAAGUGUAAAUGAUCACACAAGGUGUACCACUGCCAGGUACCUCCAUUUUCUUGCAUCAUUUGGACAGGUUUUCAACAAAGUUCGGAAAACUACACAACACAAGAUAAAGCAAAGCAAAUCAAGCUGCAUUUUCUUGAAAAUAAGCAAAUUUAACCCUCAAACCUCUAAAACGUGAUUUGAAACUCUUCCACUUGACCUCUUUACUGUUCCAUCAAAUAACAUCCCCUUGUUGAUAUAUUUGUCAUUUUGAUUACCUUUUGUUUGAUAACAUAUUUAUAUGAUGCUGUAUGGGGAUUAGCUAUCAGGGUUAGUCACUUCUGAAAGUAGAAUGGGUUCACAAAAUAGACACGGGGGGUCGUUAGCCUAUUCCAGUUGCUCCAAUUUAUGUAUUUAUCUGUUUGUUUGUUAUGUUAAUUUACUGACUGUGUGUUUACACUGUUUAUCAAUAGCUACAUUGGACUACAAAAGUAAGAUUGCUAUUGUGGCCUCAGUGGUGUCAAUGGUGGCGUUACUUGCAGGUGGUACUCUGGCCAUGUUUUACUGUAAGAGGAAAGAUUUGAGGCGUGGCAGCCGCCAUAGGCCUGCACUGAUUGAAGAAAUGGAUGAUAAUAGAUUGUGAACUUAGUGAUGAAAUCUGAUGGUGCUGGGAUUGGAAAAGGUCAUCAACUAUUAUAAUUGUAUAUUCAAUCUUUAAGUGUGACUGUUAACUUAAUUUAAAACAGUUGUUCAUGCCCAGCUGCUGGGCACUUUUUUUUUUUUUUUUUUUUUUUUUAACUUAGAAUAAUUUAUCUAUUAAAUUACCUUUGGAAAGGAAGGAAAUUAAAUCUGGACAGGCCUGUCUUUUUUUUUUAAACUUGGAAUAAUUAAUUUAUUAAAUAACCUUUGGACAAGAUGGAAUUUAAUUCUGAACAGACCUGUUU